GUUUUUUAAUUUAUUUUUUUAUUAUUUUUUGGCGAUGGUUGCGUUUCCAUGGCGACGGGGCCGCUCCUCCACACCCACGCUGCUUUACCCCUCUCUCUCUCUCUCUCUCUCUCUAGCUCGAUCUCUCGCCGAGAGAUCGAGCUAGAGAGAGAUAGAGAGAGAGAGAGGUGUGUUUUCUAACCCACGCAUUGGAGUGGGAGACAACGUGCACGCUCACACGUGCACACACACACACACACACACACACUCUGGCGUCCACUGAGUGUGUGUCAUGCUAGCAGUGUGUGGGCUGAACCGACCAGCCUUCCACUCAUCUCCCUCCCUCUCUCUCCCUCUUCUUCUUCUCCUUCUUCUUCUUCUCUUUUCGUCUCCAGAUACUCUUUUCUCCAUCCUCCAUCAUCUGUUCCUCUUCCUCCUCCUCCUCCUCCUCCUCUUCCUCCUCCUCCUCUCCAUCAUUUUCUUUUCAGUUUAUCAUCAUGGAGUCGCUGAUCUUCUGGGAUGGGCAGGGCAGCUCCCAGAAUACCGUCUGAAGCUCUGAGACUCCCCUGCAGGACGACCGAACGCCAGUAGUACUACGGAAAGUACUUCAACGUGUACUGCAAGUACAAGAGGAACCGCAGAAAAUACUUCACCUGCAGCGGAAAAGUACGGCUCGUCUUCUACGCCCAAGAAACACCUCAAAAACCAACCAGGAACCAGGCACCUCGGGCUGGACCAGGACCAGAAACCAGAGCCAGAACCAGCACCGGACCAGAGAGCCAAUCGGAGCGGACCAAAGCAGGCCAGGACGGACCAGAAGAGCCCAGUAGAACUCAGUAAAGGCCAGUGGAAAAGUUUGAUGGGACUGCUGACGAUAGCCACAUGCCUCUGAGUCCGGCUGCUGACACCAAACAUGAUCGCCCGCGACAACAGGCGGUUACUAACGGCAACCCGACAGGCUCUGCUGUCGCCAGGGACGACGACGUGGACGACACGCCCCCCGGAAACAACGUCGUCGUCCGCAUCGGCAUCCCGGACCUGCAGCAGACGAAGUGUUUGCGGUUGGACCCAGAGUUACCAGUUUGGACCAGUAAGCAGAGGGUUCUGGUGACGUUGACUCAGUCUCUGUCGGAUGUUUUGAACUAUGGUCUCUUCCAGCCGGCGUUCAACGGCCGAGCCGGAAAGUUUCUGGACGAGGAGCGGCUGCUGAAGGAGUAUCCCCUCCCCCCCAUCACCCCCAUCCCCUACCUGGAGUUUCGUUAUAAGAGGAGAGUUUAUACACAGAGCUACGUGGAUGACAAGCAGCUGGCAAAGCUGCACACCAAGGCCAACCUGAAGCGCUUCAUGGAACAUGUGCACCAGAAGAACGUGGAGAAGGUGUCCAAAUGGCUGGAGAAAGGCCUGGACCCCAACUUCCACGACUCUGACAGCGGAGAGUGUCCUUUGACUCUGGCGGUGCAGCUGGAGGAAAGCUGUGAGCUCAUCAAGGUGCUUCGCAGUGGAGGAGCUCACCUGGACUUCCGAACCAGAGACGGCAUCACGGCGUUGCACCGGGCCGUCCUCUGUAGGAACAGCGCCGCCCUAACGACGCUGCUGGACCUCGGAGCGUCUCCGGAUUACAAGGACAGCAGAGGACUCACUCCCCUGUAUCACUCCGCCAUGGUGGGCGGCGCCCCCUACUGCUGUGAGCUGCUGCUACAGGACCACGCUACCAUCGGGAUGACUGAUGAGAACGGGUGGCAGGAAAUCCACCAGGCAUGUCGCUAUGGUAACGUGCAGCACUUGGAGCACCUGCUGUUCUACGGCGCCGACAUGAGUUCCCAGAAUGCAUCGGGAAACACCGCACUGCACCUCUGCGCUCUGUACAACCAGGACAGCUGCGCCAGAGUGCUGCUGUUCAGAGGAGCCAACAAGGACAUCAAGAACUACAACAACCAGACGGCUUUCCAGGUGGCGAUCAUCGCUGGGAACUUUGAUUUGGCAGAAAUCAUCAAGAUCCACAAAACUUCUGACGUUGUAGUUCCCUUCAGAGAAACUCCGUCCUACACGAAGCGCCGCAGGGCCGGCGUUACCAGGGCAACCGCGGGGAACGGCCUGUCGUCUCCUCGCUCCCUGAUUCGCUCGGCCAGCGACAACGCUCUGGAAAGCCCCGCCUCCUCGCCAGGCCCCUCCCUCCAAAGCCUGGAAACACACCACGACACGCACACACACUCUCUACGACGACACACACGCCGCCUCAGCCCAAGCGGUGGAGGCCAUGUGGAGACCAGCCCUCCUCCUUCGCCUCCACUCACCCCCCAGAUGAGGAAGAGGAGGCUGUACAGUGCCGUGCCGGGUCGGACCUUCAUCGCCACCCGGUCCCACGUCCCCCAGGGGACCGGGGAGAUCCAGCUGCACCGAGGAGAGCGGGUCAAAGUUCUGUCUAUCGGGGAGGGAGGGUUCUGGGAGGGAAGCGUGAAAGGAAGAACCGGCUGGUUUCCGGCUGAAUGUGUUGAAGAAGUCCAGAUGAGACAAUACGACCCGAGAUUGGAGACGAGGGAGGAUCGAACCAAGAGGCUGUUCAGACAUUACACGGUCGGAUCGUACGACAACUACACCUCCUACAGCGACUACGUGAUUGAGGAGAAGACGGCGGUGCUGCAGAAGAGGGAGAGCGAAGGAUUUGGCUUCGUCCUCAGAGGAGCUAAAGCUGAGACGCCCAUCGAGGAGUUCGCCCCAACGCCGGCGUUUCCCGCCCUGCAGUACCUGGAGUCGGUGGACCAAGGGGGCGUGGCUUGGAGGGCGGGGCUUCGGACCGGAGAUUUCCUCAUCGAGGUAAACGGCACCGACGUGGUGAAGGUGGGCCACCGGCAGGUCGUCUCUCUGAUCCGACAGGGAGGAAGUCGGCUGCUGAUGAAAGUUGUGUCGGUUUCCAGGAAAUCUGAAACGAAUCUGAUUAGGAAAAAAGCUCCGCCCCCUCCCAAACGAGCGCCCAGCACCUCCCUGACGCUGCGGUCCAAGUCGAUGACGGCCGACCUGGAGGAGAUCGCCAGGAGGAGGCGCUUCGAGAAACUAGACGAGAUGUUAGCCGGAGGCCAACAGGAAGUCGUGCUGAGAGGUCGACCAACCGACGACUUCAGAGCAGCGACGGUCAAACAGCGACCGACGAGCCGACGGAUCACACAGGCCGAGAUCAACUCGCUGUUUGAGCGUCAGGGUCUCGUACCUCCUUCAGCUCCAGAAAAGAGCACCAUGGCUUUACCCAGAGGAAUGUCCAGGACCAAGAGUUUUGGUACACCGGAUGACGACAGGAUCUCAGCUCUGAUCAAUGAAAGCCGGUUUCCACGGAGCUCCUCGCUGACGGACAGCUUCAUCCCGCCUCCUCCUCAGACAGCCCCACCCCCUCCUCCCUCCGCCUCUUCCACCUCCUCGCUCUUCCUCCUAGACUCCGGCCCCCCUCCCUCCUUCCUCCCGCCUCCUCCCCCGGCUCGAGGGGAGGGGCUAACCCGCUCCAGCUUCAAGCCGGGCGCCGAGCCGAGGCUGCAGGAGCUCUCCGAUUCGCCAACGAGGAGCCACGCCCACGCCGAGCGGCAGAGGAAGGCGAGGUCAAUGAUCAUCCUGCAGGACACGCCGCCGCCGCUGCAGCCCGACGUGCACGCCGCCACCGCCACGCACACGCUACACACCGCCACACACACCGCCACGCACACGCUUCACACAGCCACACACACCUCCACGCUGUCGCUCCACAGCACAAGCCCCGCCCUCGGCCACUCGCCGCUGUCACGCCGCCGGGGACGGCCAAUAGAAAACCCUUAUGCUAACGUAGGACAUCAGGCGGCACCGUCCAAACCCCAGAGGAGGAAGUCGCCUUUGUUGAAACAGCUUCCUGUUGAGGAGCAGGGUCUGGGAAUCAAAGAUCACGAUCCGUCCAAGUUAGAUGUAGGCGGACCGAGCAGCCCCAGUAGGGCGGAGCUGUACCAGCAGCAGGUCCUUUCUGAGCGUGCUCGGGUUCAGGGCCGCCGGUCAUCUCUCUUCCUGUCUGUGGAGGGGGCAGGAUCAGAAAAUCAGGUGCCACCUCUCCUGACUCAGAGUCAUUCGAUGGACGACCUCGGCGAGCUUCCACCUCCAGCUCCGGUUCUAUCGCCUUCACCGACACCUCACACCUUCCUCCACCCGCUGACGGGGAAACCUCUAGACCCAUCCUCUCCACUUGCCCUGGCUCUUGCUGCAAGAGAACGAGCGCUCACCGCCCGUACACCGAGCCCCGAGCCUCGAACCAAACACGCUUCUGCCUCCACCACGCCGAUCCCCACCCCAGCUGCCAGUCCUGAGGGCAGACACAAGCGCACUCCUAUCACCACCCCACAAAGCAGCCCUGAGCCAAGAUCCAAGCGCACCACUCCCCAGACAAGCCCAGAGCAGCGAACCAAGCGCACCACUCCCCAAACCAGUCCUGAACUGAGGCAUAAACGCAUAACCCCACCCCUGUUCCCUGAUGGACAAGUGGAGCGCCCAGAAACGGAGGGAGGAGUGACAUCACCUGCAGGCCCCUCCCCUGAGCGCUGGAGGCCUUCCCCCUUGCCAGCUCUGGCCAAUGAGACCCAUGCCGCUUUGAUUGACAGGCGCAGAAGCCUCACGGUGGGCAGCUCAGAGGAGGAAGGCGGGGCUUACACAGUUACACUCCCACCAGCCUUGUUAUCGUCCAGCGAUGAGGAGACUAGGGAGGAGCUACGCAGAAUUGGUCUGGUGACACCUCCUCCUGCCUUUUCCAGUUCUCCCGCUCCUCCACCUCCAUCCUCCCUCACCUUGAUGCCAAGGCGAGGGGGGGAGGGAGGGGGAGGAGAGAGUGGUCCUGACUCCCUGGGGAGGCGAGGUGAUGAGGAGGAAGGAGGUGACGAACGGCUCCUUGACAGCUCCUCCUCCCCUAGCUCGCUCCCUCCCUCCAUCACCCUGGCUUCCCCUCCUGCUCCAUCCUCCCCCUCUUCUCCACCUGCUACUCACCCAUCUCCCUCAUCUGCUGUCACUUCUCCAUCAGCCCUUAAGCCCCGCCUUCGUUCACCCAUUGGUCGGGGCCGUUCUGCGCUCCGGGAUCCGCUACUGAAGCAGUCAUCAGACAGCGAGCUCCUCCCCUCUGCUGCAUCCUCGUCUUCCCCCUCCUCACCACUCUGUUCCUCCCCCACCAGCGGCGGUGGCCGACAGCCACGCUAUCUGUUCCAGAGGAGGUCCAAGUUGUGGGGGGGUGGGGACGAUGAGCGGCGGGGCCUCAGUCCAGACGAAGGGGGAGGUCGUCCGGCGGCGCUGGGAGGACAGGGGUCUGGGUCGGCCAUGGACCUGACCAGCCGGUCGGCGUCUGCGCUGGAGCUGAGCGGCCGGGCCGGGUCUGGACUGGACCUGGCUAAUCGGCUUCAGCUGCUCAACAAAGACAGUCACUCUCUGGGAGAGGAGCCGAGUCCUCUCGACCCAGGACGAAGGUCACCAGUAGGAGGCGCCAGAUGUGUGGACAGUGGAGAGAGUAAAUCGUUGUUCUCAAGUCUCGGGGAACUCCACACCAUCUCUCAGCGAGGAUACGGCGCCAGCUAUACAGUCCGUCCAGGAAGUCGCUACCCCAUCACCCGUCGGAGCCCCUCCCCUUCUCCCUCACCAUCUGAUAGGUCUAUGGGGCUCCCCUCCACCACCGCCCCCUGCUCCGAAAGGCCUGAUCUGAGCUCAGGCCGCGGCCUGACCAUACUGAAGUCGUCCAGUCUCAGCCUCCCCUCAGAACCAAAGGAGGUUCGGUUUGUGAUGCGAAGCGCCAGUGCACGAACCAGAUCCCGUUCUCCUUCGCCUUCACCCCAUGCCUCUCCCUGCCCCUCCCCGGUCCUCAGUGGCCCCCUGUUGGCCCUUCGGCCAUGGAGGCAACGGCCCCUCAACCUGUGGAAUAAGUAUGACGUGGGCGAUUGGCUGGAGAGCGUGGGCCUGGCCGAACACCGCCAGCGCUUCCAAGAGCACGAGAUCGAAGGCUCCCAUCUCCCCGCCCUCACCAAGGAGGACUACGUGGAGCUGGGCGUCACCAGACUGGGACAUCGAAUCAACAUCGAGAGGGCUCUCAGACAACUGCUGGAAGGUUCCACUUGACCCCUCACCUCCGACUCACCUCUAGACAUCCUGAACUGUGACCUCACAACCCCUGACCUCGGGUCAGACACUAGGCCAUCUCUUUGACUAGAAUAUCUUAGCAGUGACUGAAUCUCUAGACCUUUUUACCAACGCCCAGCUCUCUGAGUAAUCUCCGAGGCAUUUUGGCUGAUCAGCUCUUUGAUCAACGCAAAAGAAACUGGAACUUCUCUGUCUGGUAUUUAGCUUUUGUGUAGUUGUAGAUCUCAAACAUUCAGUCUAACAUCCCUUGAUGUCUGCGUGCCUAUUAAAUACCCUUAACCACAGUUAGCAAUUCUCUACACAAAAUAGAAUAAUAAUCCAUGCAAUACAACUGCAAAGAUGUCAUUUGAACAAAUUUACCCUCACGCUGGACAAACACUGUAUGUUGUAAUUAUUCCUGUGCAUUGUGUUAACUCAAUUGAACUAUUCAUGUUUUAGUGUUAAAUUCGUCACACAAAAAAUGUUUGACAACCAUUUUAGUGACAAAAAUGAAACAUUAAGCAAUUAUUAAAAUGAUAAACUAUGAUUUUUUUGUUUACUAUGAAUAAAAUAAGUAUAUCUCAAGGCAAAGCAAUGACUACACAUAAAACAUGUAAAACAUGGCGUCCUGUAAUGAGAAAACAAUCGAACAACAGUUUAUAAAAGAUGUUUUGACAUCAGCCACAAGAAAAAUUUGAAUGUCAAACUGCAAAAAUCUAAACUGUGACUAUUCGCUGACAGAUUUUAGUUGCUGUAGUUUUAAACUGAAUCAAAAGUUUAAAACAUUUUGUCCAGAUAUAUGUAUUAGCAGUUAAUCCAUCUUCUGCUGACCAUGAAUAACCACACAAACUUUUAGGACAAGUCACUUAUGCUCUGGACCAAAAUGUAGAAGCAAAAAUAUCAAACGUCUAUUACAAUUUCCCAGGGUCCAAAUUGGCUUAUUCAGAUUGUUUGUUGUGUUAAAACAAUGAUUUAAAAACAACAAAUACUCACAUCUGAUAAGCUGAAACAAGCAAAUUAUUCAAGCCAUAUGAGGUGUUCUAAACUGCAACAGAUUUAAGGGGCUAAAGCUAAACCUGUUGCUAACAUUUUGAGCUAGUUCAAAGAGGAGUUCACGAAGCCCUGUUUGUGAACCUGGAACAACCGCCAAGAGAGUUGGCCUAUAAUACGACUUAUCAGGUAUCUACAAUGCAGUCUUGAAGUCCCUAUCCGGGCAGUUUCACCACUGUUUGCAACUCAAGUCAAAUGAAUCUCUGCUCAAUAACAAGCUUUGAGUCAUGCGUCAUUAACAUGCCUCGAUUCAUGCAAGUCUCAGAUCGCUAACAGGCCGGAAUUGGUGUAAGUCUGAGGCAGCGAAAAACCUCGAUUCCCAUGAGUCUCAAGUUGUUAAUGUGCCUCGAUUCAUUCAAGUCGGAGGUUGUUAACGAACCUCGAUUUACAUGAGUCUAAGGUCAUUAAUAAACCUCGAUUUACGUGAGUCUAAGGUCGUUAACGACUCUUGAGUCAUGCUAGUCUGAGGUUGUUGAUGAACCUCAACUCAAGACAAACUCGGGGCGUUAACCUAGAUUUACGUGAGUCUAAGCCCAUUAAUGAAGCUUGAUUCACGAGAGUCUCAGGUUGUUAAAGAGCCUCAAUUUAGAUGGAUUUUGGGUUGUUGAGCCUCAGGUCUUGAGUUUGGGGUGUUAAUAAACACGCCUCUUGGAAGAAACAGGAAGUCCAGUUGCCUUACGGUAAAGACUUUAGGACCAUCCCCAUACUUUCCUACAGUUAGCUGGACGUAGAGCUCCCCUGCCUGUCUCAACAGGUAAUAAACGCUGAUCAAAGAGCUGAUCUGACUACCAACAUGAUGAGACGGGUUUUUGCCUCGUGCCAUUCUGCUUCCCCAGACGAGUUUAGCUGGACGAUUAGCGAGCCACUGGGAGUCUCCACCUUAACAACAGGAGAUAACAGCUGAAGAUACUUCUCCGUCCUUUUCAGAAAGUUCUUGUGACUUAGCUUUUCUUUUUUUUUUUUCAAAUAUCACUCAUGAAGAAUUUGUGUUAACUUUGAGUUCAUAUCUUAAAGCAGAUCAUUUAGAAUUUAUUAAUAACAAGUAAUAAUAAUGUGGUGGUGAUGACUUACAGAGUUUAUAAUAGUCUGGAAAAUGAUUUUGAGUUCCUUAUGAUUUGACAAUGAGUUGAAUUUCAAGGUUGUGUCGGUGGUGUUUUGAAAUUCCUAAUGAUUUGUCAAUGAGUGUGACUUUGUGCUGAUGUGCUGUGUUUCAGGGAGAGCUGCAGCAGAGCUCCAACUGUAAACCUCUCUGGUUUCUAACCUGCUUAUCGAGGGCUUACUGUACAUGGUGCUAUCUGUUUAAAGCCAUCUGUACAGAAAAUAUCUUUCCUCCUCCUCCUCCUAUAUCUUCCUCACACUGACACCUGAAAUUCAACAAUCAGCCCCCUCAAAUUAGACGUGGCUGUGCCUGCCGUGGACGUCUUGCAGUAUCGAGAACAGGCCAUAAAUGGAGUUUCCUCCCUGCCAUAUAGGGGAUUACUUCCCUGCCAUAUGUGGAGUUUCCUCCAGAAUUUAAAACCGACUUGCCAAAUUUAACUAACCAUACAUUCAUUAGUGAUUAUUAAUUAAUUCAAACGGACACUUUGCAAUUUAGCCAAUUUAACAGAAGAGAUGUGAUUUGCCUCUAAUUCAGGAAAUAUCCUUUUCUAUAUUACUGUACAGUGAAAUGCUACAGAGAAGAGGGGAUGCUACUUUUUUAUGCGAGCACAGAUAUUUGACAAUAAAGUCGGGAUUCUUACUUGAGUUCAGCAAGAACUACAAACGAACUGCACCUGAGAGUCACCGUUAUGCGUCUUCAGUACAGUUUAUCCCACAGAGUCACAAUAGCUUAUGCUUUAAAUUAACCAGAGAAUUAUUUAAUGCAACCGAAACAUCUAGGGCUGUAAUGCACCAAAGAAUAUCUUGAUCCACUUCAAUCGUAGAAACUUGUCAAUCGAUUGGUCACAAAGCAAAAGUCUUCAUGUUAUCAGUAGUCUCUCGACGUUUUUACCAUCAGUUUAACCAAAAUGCAGCAACACUGAUGACUUGAGUUUGGAGUUGACUAAACAUUCAGUAAACAAUUAUUAAGUUAGACCCAGGAGUCUCUACUAGGUUGGAACAGUACAAUGUUGUAGAAAUUCGGGGGUGUCCAUAGUUAGUCUGUUCCACUAGCAGCCAAAAAUAAUGGAUUAAUCUUGGAAGGCAUUUAACCUUAUCAAACUAAAACUGGUGACCAGCUGAUGAGUACUUAGUUGGACAAGAACAAACUGGCCGACCAGUCAACAUGGACACUACAGCCCUAGAAAAAUCAGCAAACAGUCGGACAACUGCUGCAUAUUUGCAGGACUGGCAUUACUACAUAGCACUUCUAUAAUAAAUUAUUUGUAACACAUUAUAAUGUUGCUAGAACUCAAUAAGUUCAUCUUGUCCCGUGGACACCAAUAAGCAAAGGCUGCUUCAUUUAGAAAAGUUUGCAUACGUCCGAUAAAUCCUAAAGUAGAGGAUUUGAAAGUACUAAGUUCCCGUUACUUUUUGACGGAAAUUAACAUUUUUGUACCAUGCUGUGAAGCUUAAAUCUUUAGAACAAAACCAAGGGAACUAUCCUAGUUUGAAAUCUUGCCCAGUCCUGCAGGAAUAGCAAUACUAGCUUACAGAAUUUAUUAUUAGAAACAUUCCAGCUUCUAGAGGAGCAACUUUUAAACAAAAAAAUCCCAUAUUUUGUUAUUAAAACAAAAAUUUAAAGACCACAUCCAGAGCUACAACCUGGAGGUGGUUAGCUUAGCACAAAGACUGGAAGCAGGGGGAAAUGCUAGCCUAGCUCCAUCAAAAGCGUAAAAAUACACCCUCCAAUAGCAAAGGAGUCUGAUUUACAUGUUGUGUCUUGUUAGCUUACAAGCUACUGAAAGAUAUCAUGACGACAACGCUGCUAAAACCACAGUUUCAUUUUUACUUCAUUGCCUUUUUCACACAACAAUCAAAACACGACACGUAAAAUACGACCUCUGCGAAGCCGCUGGAAGGUGUAUUUUUAGCACUUUUUAUUAUCUAUGAAUUGUAAAAGUCGAGUCAAUAAUGUUACAGGAAUGGUUGGCUUUAACAGAGCUUUAGUUUAUUUUAGAUACUUGCUCGCCAUCACAUUCCUAAAACUCCCUAUUUUCUUAGUAAUUAGAUUUUAUAAAAGAGAAUAUAGUACCUGCCAUGUUACAGUCUCUCCUACCGAAUUCCCCUCUAAAGCACAAUCAACGUUUCAGUGCCUGUUUCCACGACAACACAUCGACUGCAUCUAUCUGCUUUUUAUCCAACUUCGUACCUGAACGCCGCAGUUGUGAUUUCCAAAGUUCUAUAAGUUGAUGUUGAUGCGCUUUUGCAGACCACAGAGGUAUAGAAUGUAUAGUCUAUGUACAGCACAUUACAGUAGACUAUAUCGUCUGUAUAAUAUAUAUUAUGUUAGAAUAAUGUAGCUAUAGUGUAAUAUAUAAAAAGUAAAGUAGACAAUAAAGUUUAUACGGUAAUAUUUAGGUAGACUGAGGUGAUGUUCACGCUCUGUAAACAGCCACACUGAGCUGGGAUAUGAGGGCACUGUAAGAAAACCAAAUUGCCAGAGGCUAAAUCUACUUCCUUAAUAGUGUCUUUUUCCAGGAAAUAAUUCUGCACCCUAAGUCUGUGGUGCUGUCUUGUAAAACACAUGCUAAUGUUCAUCACAGCGCCCCUAACAGUCGUACUAAGAAACUAAAAAAUUGUUUUGUUAAGUGGGGUUAUACGAGGUACGUACUCGGGGUAUUACCUACAGUAGGUAAAGUUUUGGACCGCUUUCAGCCACUUAUUUGGAAUCGGUUUCAAUGGCAGCAGACUAACCAAGGGGUUCUAAACAAUCCCUCUAAUCAGCUCCAUUUUCUCGUUCUUCCUGGACAACCUUGAGGCAUUCCCAGGCCAGAUGAGAUACAUAAUGACUUCAGAGGGUUCUAAGUCUACCCAAGAAGAUCCUAAUCCAUUACCUAAACCACCUCAGCUGGAUCCUUUUGACAUGAAGGAUCAGCAACUUCCACCUACCUCCAGAUGUCCGACCUACUAACACAAUCUCUAAGGGCCAAACAACUUUUAGAGGAAUUCUUUCUGUCACUACCCAAAGCUCAUAACCAUAGGUGAAGGUUAGGUCGGCUGGUAAAUCAACAAGUUUGCCUUCCGGCUCUGCUUCCUCUUCACCAUUACAGUCCGGUACAACACAGUCAAACAACAGUCCAAGUUGUUUCUUCAAAUUGGAGGUGUAUUGACCACAAUCUACCGGCGGAGAUACCCUGACUACAGACCUCAUACAACCCCACGUCAGAAUGCAAAUUAUCCCUCUACAACAGGAGUCACGUCUUGCCUAGGGAGGAUUUUACAAAGGGUUGGGGUUUAAUAGUAUUUGAUCAAAUUCAAAUACUUGAGUCCAUUUCUUGCAUCUAAUAUCAAGUUUUCAAAUCAUUAAAGUUUGAAAUAAAUACAACUACAAGAUCCUAAUUGGUAGAGAGUUGUACCAAUUCACCACCUUGCAACUGAAAAGUAGAUCUGGAUUAAUUUAUGUUUCUUCUUCAGGUUACAGAUGCUGGAAAGUCACUUCUUACCGUCCAUUUCUGGUGAUCGUUAACCAUGAACAAAAUUACAGUUAUGCAAAUAACUCUAGAAAAACAUGACUUAACCAAACAUUAAGACUGAACAUGGUGCUAUGUUUUUAAAAGUCCAAUGAGUUGUAGAAAUUAGCCACAUCAAUAUUAACUUAAUCUCAAUAUAUCUGUAUUGGACAGUCGAGAAUCCCAAAGACAUUUUCUCAGUUGUAGAGUCUGUCCAACAAAAUGAGUUAAAAAGUUUAUCUUAAAUGUAUAAAGUCUAAAAAAGUAACUUCAGGGUGCUUAAGGGUUAUAGAAGAAUCUAUGAGAAAUGUCCAGAGCAGUUUGUUGCCGAUUAAUUUAGAUUUUACUUUUACAUUUAGUUAAAUUGUUCUUUUUUGCUCUGAGAGUCUUUGUUACUGAAAUGAAUGACAGAAUAUAGUAGGUUUUACACAAUAUGCCCAAGUCAAGAUGUCAGUAAUGUAGACAUCUAUAGACGCUUUUUAAAUUAAGUGGUAGUGUUCAAGCUAAAAUUGGGACAUUUAGGUCCAGCUUUGUCCACAUGUACACGAGUAUUUUUAAAAAGAUUAUUCUUUGUUGUAGGCUUUCCUACACAAACAAAUAUAGUUUUACGUCAAUGAAAAUUUAGUGAUUUUGUGCUAAAGUGGACAAAAUAAUGUUGCUAACAAAACUUCUUUUUACAUGUGCAGACAUAAAUACAGAGUUGCCUUUUAAACUCGAUAAAGGAUUAGGUGUCAGAGUUCACAUUACUGCGAUCUUCCUCAAUGUGCGAUUGCUGGUGACCACAACAACUUUGCUUGACCUUUCUAGAAACAGAGCGACUAUGGCUAGAAGUAGCAAGAACUCAAGCACAUCAUCUGCAUAUAAUGACAGUUACAAUCCCAUAAACCAUUCAACAAACCUUAGAUAUUUAACUACUUACACUGCCUGCAGUUCAAACGAAAACUUCCCGAAUCUUUGUCACUUGACUGUUUGCUGAAGCUAAAUCACUAAGUGCUGCACGGUGGCAUCCAAAAGCACAGUUUUCAUUCCAGAAUCUGAUGCAAACAGUUUAUUUUGGCAAUUCUGUUCAAAUGACACCUCAAAUUAUGCAAUUUUGAUCAAAUAACCCACAUUAACUCAGAUUUAAUCAAGUAGUCCAUUAAACAGCAUACGACAGAUGAGCAGUUCAAGAACCAUCAGAAAGUUGAAACUCUUUUUUCUGUUUUUGGCUGAUGAUUGGUGAAUUUUUGGAAGUUUGUAACGAUAAUAUGCCUUUAUAACCCAAGUUUGGGGCUUCAGAAAGUUAAAAAUACCUGUGUACAUGUGGACUAGACCUUAGCUAACAUAAUGCUACUUGAGACAAACAAACUAGCUUAACGGGCAAACAAAAUAGGGGGAUAACAACAAGAUAUGAUCAAUCCCAAGUUUCGAAUGAUUGGUGGAUCGUCUGUUUUAAUUACAAAUCCGCAGUUCAGAUGUCAAAAAAGGUUGAAACGUCGACAAUCAUAGUAGUUAGUUUUCUACUCUGGGAGGACGUAACCGAACCACAAGCGGCUGUUUACACUGAGUGAACAUCACACCGUCGCUGCUGUAUAUCUGUAUAGUAUAUAUUAUAAAGGACUAUGGUCUACUGUACAGAGUCAUGCACAGAACGAAACACUGAAAUCAGGUUGGACGUAGAUGAGCGAGCCUCCGGCCUCAGGUUCCUGCUGGGAGUCCCUCUAAUACACCUGACGAGAGGUCAUUCGCCUGUCGGAGGAUUUCUCAGCCAAUCAGAAUACGUUUGAUCACAAGCGAAGUCAGCGGUGUUCAUCCGCUGGGAAAAGUAGUUCCCUCGAGUUCUGUUUUCCAAAUCAGACCUUUGUUGGUACAUCUUAUGAUUGUCUACUGGUUAAAUUUAAAGUUGAUCAGAAAACCUGUUUCCUGUUCAGUCUUCUGGUUCUCUUUGGUUCCACGUUCCUGAAUCAUUUGGUUUCAGUUUUAAGGGUGUUUUUGACAUUUAGCUGCUGUCAUUUUGUCUGAACCAGAUCAGUUGUACUUUCACUACUGUUUUAACUUAAACUGAAGACCUUACUAUUGAGAGCAACAUUAAUUUUCUUAAUAAUAGUUUUGGCUUUUAGGGAUUUGGUUAUUUUUGAGAGAUUUUUUUUCUUCCCAUUUCUUCCUCAAAAUGCCAUGUUUAAAACUAUACAGGAAGAGGAAACCUUUGUUUGACCAACAGCAUCUUUUGAAAUCAAACCAGGGUUGCUGGAUCUUAUGAUCGUCUACUGGUUAAAUUUAAGGUUUAUCAGAAAAUCUGUUUUCUGUUCGGCCCUCUGGUUCCACUUUCAUGAAUCAUUUUUAGGGUUUGGUUUCAGUUUUGAGGGUAUUGUUUACAUUUAGCUGCUGCCAUUUUGUCUCCAUCGGACCAGUUUUACUUCUACUACUGUCUAAACUCACACUAAAGACUUUACUAUUCUGCUUUUGGGAAACUCCCUCAAGGGUGACGGUGUUCAACACGACGUAAUUUUAUGUCAAAGAUGCCAAAAUAAUGUUGCGAACAGAACUUUUUUUUUUUUUUUACACGUUUAGACCUAAAUGUACAGUUGUCACCUCAAUUAAGAAUUAGAUGCAUCAGAAUCCACAUAUAGCUUCCUUCCUCAAAGCACAAUUGUUGAUAGCCUACGAGAACCCAUAACAACUUUGCUGGACCUUUAUAGAAACAGAAUAACCAUGGCUGGAAGUAGUGAGAACACAAGCAUGUCGUCUGCAUAUAAUGACAGUUCUAAUCCCCUAAACCAUAAAAACAACGAAUGAAAGUUAUAUUUCUUUGAUAGCUUGAUAGAUUUUACAAAACACGAAAAAAGAAAAAAUGGAAUCAACUAUGGCUACGGACAUUAACUAUCUACACUGCCUGAAGUUCAACCAAAAAGUUCCUGAAUCUUUGUCACUUGACUGUUUGUUGAAGCGUAAAAGUUGACAGUGGCGUAAAAAACUCCUGGAUUCUUCCAAUCUGUUGGUUUCAGAAGCUAAAUUUACCUCCAAAAUAACAUCAACGUGAUAAAUUAAAAUGCGACUGAUGGAGACAAAAUGGCCACUCAGUUUGACAGCUACCACAAUGAACCUAGACACAGGUGGAACUUUGAACCAAAAUGGCCGCCACUGAUGAACUGAACAAUGAUCAGCUGAGAAAACAAUGAUUGGCUGAGAAUCCGUCUUUGUAUCCUGUGCGUGUGAAACCUUCCUGAUACUCAUCUAGUUAUAAUUUUACGGUUUAUGGUUUCCCUCCUCCUCCUCCUCCUUUCUAGCUUCCUCUUUUUACAGUAUGUUUGUAGUUUCUUCUGGAGUGAGUGCUGUGUGUACUUGUAGUUUUUUCUUCCCUUUUCUAAAAACCGAAGAGCACACGAUGACAACUGAUGAGCUCUGCAACGCAACAGAUUGUAAUCUUUAUAAUAAACCGUCAUUUAUUACAAAGUGA